AACUUUGCCCUUUAUUUAUACUAACUAUAUAAUCUAAACUACUGACUAGCAUUCCUCAUAUUAUCAUUCCCACGUACACCAAUAUGGCAGAUUGGUUUCUUCUUAUGUUCCAGUUCUUGCUUCUUAGCCCAGCUUUAACAUCCUCUUCUCCAUUAGUUCAAGAUCCUGAAUCCGUUGUGCAGGAACUACACAAGAUCACCAAUAAUUCCAAGAGAAAUUUGGCAUACUUUUCUUGCGGCACAGGUAACCCAAUCGACGAUUGUUGGAGGUGUGACCCCAAUUGGGAAAGAAACCGGAAGCGCCUCACCGACUGCGCCAUUGGCUUCGGGAGGCGCGCAAUUGGAGGUAGGGAUGGAAAAUAUUACGUGGUCACUAAUCCUAGUGACCACGCAAUGGACCCCAAGCCGGGUACUCUAAGACAUGCUGUGAUCCAAGAACAGCCCUUAUGGAUAAUCUUCAAGCAUGACAUGUUUAUAAAACUAAAAAUGGACCUACUUGUAAAUUCUCACAAAACAAUUGAUGGCAGAGGAGCAAAUAUUCACAUUGGUAGAGGACCCUGCAUUGAAAUAAGGAAUAAGUCGAACAUCAUAAUUCAUGGCAUACAUAUCCAUGAUUGUGUGAGAGGUGGUAGUGGCUAUGUUAGGGACUCAAAUAGUCAUUUCUUUUGGAGAUCAAGAUCUGAUGGAGAUGGGGUUUUGAUAUAUGGGAGUAGUUUUGUUUGGGUGGACCAUUGCUCAUUUUCAAAUUGCUAUGAUGGGCUUAUUGAUGUUGUUCAUGGGUCAACGGGUGUUACAAUUUCAAAUAAUUAUAUGACACACCAUAAUAAAGUUAUGCUUUUAGGACAUAGUGAUUCCAAUGAAGAAGAGGACAAGAAUAUGCAAGUAACUGUGGCAUUCAACCAUUUUGGAGAAGGGCUUGGAGGAAGAAUGCCAAGGUGCAGGUUUGGGUACUUUCAUGUGGUGAAUAAUUAUUAUACCCAUUGGCAACAGUAUGCAAUAGGAGGAAGUUCCUCCCCAACUAUUUUUAGCCAAGGGAACAGAUUUGUUGCUCCUCAUGAUGUUGAUCACAAAGAGGUUACGAAACACUUUGGUUCAUCAAAAGAUGAGUGGAAGAGAUGGAAUUGGAGAUCUGAAGGGGAUUUAAUGUUGAAUGGUGCCUUCUUCACAGAAUCUGGAGAUGGAGCACCUUUCUUGUAUGAGAAGGCAUCAAGCAUGGAAGGAAGACCAGCCAUGUUAGUGACUUUAAUGACAGCAGGAGCUGGAGCACUUGCUUGCAAAAAUGGACAACUCUGCUAG